CCAAUUGUAAACAGCAGUACACCUCCGUCUCAUAUAUGCCCAUACAAGUGCUUGUAGAAUUUCAAAAGGAAAAAUGAAUAUUUUAUCCGCAUACAGGUUGAUCUAGGCCAUUUUCACCACAUGUUACUACACUGAUGACACAAGGACAACUGAAUACGCACUACACAAGCAUUGUGUUUCAGCAGAGAAACAGUCUUAACAUUGUAAUACCUAUGGAGAGAGCAAUGCGCUAUUCAUCUGAAAGUAUUGACUGUAAGCCCUAUUGAUUGGGGGCUAAGGUUUCCAAAGACCAGGUAAACACGAAUAAUGUUGUUGGCGCUCAAACAGGGGGGAAAAUAUGCAUAUGAAAGGCAUGCAUGUGCAUUCAGUCGUUGAGUUCAGUGAAAAUCGAAUCCGCUCGUCCAUGUUAGUGAGGGUCGAGUUAAAAGAUACAGGACAUGUUUUGAAGUAUUUGCAAAGCUGGAUAUAUUCUGUAACAAGAUCCAUCUCAUAAAGCACAGGAAGUUACUAUAGAGGACAUAGAACCACUUCUGCAAAUUUUGCGGUUUCUAGACGAUGUGGAAGAGGCAAAUUUGUGGAGACCCCCAAUCAUAAGAGAAAAGAUGUCUGACCGCUUAGAAGUCCACCUGGAACAUGAUAUCGAUGAACAAUACCAAUACGAACCAGGGGAAAUACUGCGGGGUUGUGUCAGCGUCUACUUCCCAGAGCCGACCUUCAUCAAACACAUCACUGUACAAAUCAAGGGAGAGGCAACAGUUGGCUGGGAGGAUAAGUCCCACGAAAAAUUCCGCGCUCAUGAAACCUACAUCAAUGUGAUUAAAAAACUGAUUGCUUCAUCUCCAAACAAUCGUCGCCAGCUAGAAAAGGGGACCCAUGAUUUUCCAUUUCAAUACGAACUUCCCUCAAAUAUCCCUUCAUCUUUCAUUGGAAAACAAGGAAGUGUCACAUACGUUGUCAAGGCAACCCUUCAAGAGGAUCGAGGCAUGUCGAUCAGCCCCAUAAUCAUCAGUGAGCCUUUCUUGGUUUUACGUCACAUGGAUAUUUCAAAUGAAAUUGGAUUACUGCAACCAUUUCAUUGUGAGGUCAGUCGAAGGCAGUUUGGAAUAUUUUGUAUAACUGGGAAAGUGCACGUUUCUCUCAGUAUAAACAGGAGAGUUCACCUUCCAGGAGAAGACAUCUUUCUUACUGUGGAGGUCUCCAAUAACAGCCCAAGGAUAGUGAAAGCAUUACAGGCCAGUAUCUUAAUGGUAAGCCGGUUCUCAGCCAAGCACCAGGCUCUUUCACAUUCCCAGCUAGUCAACAAGAAGCGAGAUGAGUGGGAAAUGUCCAUAGGUGAAGGUCGGCGAUGGCGGAAUGUUCGCCUCACCAUCCCUCCAUACGUACCAGAAUCUCGAUUAGACGGCUGUGACAUAAUAGAUAUAAGUUACUCCUUAGAUUUCACAGUGGAAGUAGACAAUGCCAAACCUAUACGCCUUAGCAUUCCAUUACUUAUUGGAACUGAUGGUAUAGACAAAGAACUCCAAAACCUACACCCAUCCCAUCUCCAAGAAGUCCAGGAUGAGAAAAUACAAAGGCCCCUCAUGUAUCGACCAACAGAUAAACGAGAAAAUGGACAUGUGCGGUCAAGGCCCCCAAGAGACGAGGAAGUCGACUUACCACCACCACCUAGAAGGAGAGGAUCCCAAGAAUCCAUCAACUCCCUCAAGGAUAUCGCAAUGAAUGACUUUGAGUAUGAUGAAAAGAAGUUCCACGCCCCUCUUCAAGAGGGAGAGACCAAAGUGAACCCAGUGUACAAGCACAGUGCUCAUGAGAGGAGGCCUAGUUGGGGGACCUGGGUCAGUACAAAGACUGAGUUUACCAAGUUAUGAUCACAAAUUGACUCUUAUAGGAGGCUCAGUUAGGGAGGAGAGCACGGCCGAGAACAAAGUGCCCAAGAGAGGAGGCCCAACCAGGGGGGGGCCUGGGUCAGUUCUGUGUCAGAAAUUUCCAAGUUAUGAUCAAAAAGCUGCUCACAGAAGAGAUCCCAUUGAGAGUUUAUCAAAUAAUGAUAAAUUUAAAAAGAGGCUCAAUUAAGAGGUCAUACUGAGUUUGGGAUGAGGUUCAUACUAUAAUAAUAAAUAGUUCUGAUCCCAUAAUAACUGGGUGUCUGGAAAAAAGCCCACUUGAAGAACCAGGUCAGGCUAUGGCAAUGCUGUGAUGAAUUUAUGAAACAGUGAAUUUCUAAAACGGGCACACUUAAGAUACCUGAAAUCAUAUACCUGGACUGGAUUUCUGGAAGUGUGUGAACCUGUAUGACAAACUUUAGGACAGGGCUCUAAUAAGUUGGCCAGUUAACUGGACAUAAGACUCACUGAUACAUUAUGCCCAAACCACCAGCAGAAAAAAAAGAGACAGCUGCUAAAAUCUGCUUCCAACUCAAAUGUAUGUCAAAUAUAAGCUUUUUUUAUGGUUAAUUUUUACAUGUGACUAUUCCUGAUGCUCAUUGUAAAUAGGAACUUAUCGGUAACAGCUAGCUUCCAGCUUCAGCGGAUGAAAAUUUGGUUGCUGAGCUCUCGAAACUUUUUAUAACAAGUGCCGUUGUACAUACUACCAUUAAAGGAGUAUAACACUUGUAUCAGUUAUGCACAAAUUGUACUUUACAUAUGUAGGAACAUAGGGAACAACAUGGGCUGGCUUGUGAUACCAUGUUAUGCUAAUAUCUAUAAUAAUAACAAGCACCUUUAACAAACAAGACAUGUUGGUUGUGCUUGAUGAAUUGUUAGUGCUUAUAAUGGCAUAUCAAAAUAUUGGUGUAAAAGAGGUCAUAUACAAAAACAUAUUUAUAACUAUUAAUUGAUUAUUAAAGAUAUCAUAAGAGUAAAAUCACCAGUAGGGAUCUACUCAAUUCCGUUAGUUGCUCAUGUGACUUCACUUUAAUGCUCUUGUUAUAUUUCAUUGAAAGUUUUUUGGGGUAAUGUGGUUCAAAAUUGAAGAAUCUCAUCUUUGUUAGCUAUGGACACAGCUGUACUAUAUUCAUAUAUCAUGGUUAGGCAUAUUAUUACAUUUUAUAUGAGCUCAUCUACACUGUGAUAUUGAAAACAUAAGUUUCUGCUUCCUCCUUCAUUUCACAAAUGCUACCACCAGAAAAAAAAAUGACAAUUAAUACAUUUGGCAUUAAAAUCACUCUACAGAGGCUAAAAUAUGAAAUUUGAAUGAAACAAAUCCAAAAUAUGAGUUUUUACUGAAAAUUCUUUCAUUGACCAAUUGAUUGAAAAAAGGAGGAGCUUAGAAAGCUACCAUUAGUUAAGGGUUCA